GUUUAGGUUAUGUUUGUUUCUGUUCGUCUGUUAUGGUCCGGUAUAUGUAUUUUUUAAAAUGAAGGAAAAAAAUAGAUCGGUGUGUGAACUAAAGCAAAUAUGGGCUGAUAUGUUUGAUGAAAACUGUUCCCAUUUAACAGAUCCGGAUAAUGAAUAUCUUGGGUUAUUGAUGUUACUAGAAACUGCUUUAUCUAAAACAAAGUAUAUAAGUUCUAGUCAUUCAAGUUCGAAGUCGACUUGUGAAAAGCAUUUAGCUGAACUGGAAUGGAAAGCACAAGAAUGCAAUAGAUUAAAGGCUGAAGUUACUAGAUUGGAAACUACCAAAUGUCAUAAAUGUUCUGCAUUAGAAACGGAAUUACUCCAUUAUAAGAAACAAUCUUUAGAAGCUCAGAAUCGUAUUAAAUCUAUAGCUAAUAUUUUGAAGCUUGGUGACAACAUUGAUGAUUUUCAGGGACAAAGGAAGAAUUCAGCUAUGACAUUAGUAUCACAAAUGCUGUUCGAAGAGUCACCUAAACGUAAAAAGAGGCGUACAUAUAGUAAAUCACCGUCUCCAAGAAAAAUAUAUAUGGCUGAUACAUGUGAUGGUAUUAUCCCAGAGACCGAUGUUCAAAAUUACCCUGAUCUCACUUCACCUGCAAAAAAUGUGGAAAAGACUGAAAUUAUUACAUCUCCUGGAGAUGAAAAUGUCCCUGGCUCCCCAGGUGGCUUUGGAGUCUUUAAUAUUCUGAAGGAUCGAACGUCAAAGAGUAUCAAUCUUCCUGUUUCGUCUAUUACCCGGAGGACUCCUCGAAGUGUUAAAAAAAAUUUAAGUGCUGACUUUCAGGAGCAAAAUAUUUUAAAUGUUUCUCCAAAGAAAAAGUCAAGAGCUAUCAAGCAAUGUAAUGAUCAGUUGUCGCUCAACGGAUCAUUGAUUGAUUAUGUAAAAGAAGGUCAUUCGGAACUCGACAAGAUUUGGUUUAAUAAUGAUGCUUCCAACUCGAAAAAGGAUAAAGCAAAAAGCACCGUCCUGUUCAAUUCUAGCGAUGAAGUUUUUAGUGAGACUCCUGAACAGAAAGUUACCAAGAAGAGUGUAUGGAAGAUGAAAGAAUUAAGAGGACCUGCUGAAAUUUCGGGAAACAAAAAGUUGCGUCAAUUGAGAUUAAACCUCAGUGUGAAGAAUAAAGAUGUAGAUUUGAGUUCACUGGAUGGCUAUGAUGGAGGUUCUUCUAAUAUUGGUAAACCUAAUGUGGAAUCUAAUGAUGGUAAUGUCAAACAUGUCAAUGUAGGGUGUGAUGAUAUUGAUACGCCAUACUCGGCAGAUUUUAAACCCCCAAGUACUAGUACUCAAGUAGGAAAUGUUAAAGGUGCUGGUUUAGAGUCUGAUGAUAUUGAUACACCUUACUCAGCAGAUUUUAAACCUGCGAGUACAAGUACUCAGAAGAAUGAAGAGAAAGCAAAGAACACAAAGUUGCCUUUACAAGGCUCAAAAUCUUCUCGAAGUCCAAAUUAUAAAUAUAAAAGAGAUGCAGUACGAAAAAAAGAAGAACGAAUGAAACUAGAUGGUUGGGAUUGUGAACAGUGUGCAAAGUAUUAUGGAGCAAUUGGUCUGAGCCCGUCUAAAAUCAAAGCGAGGAUGAAUAAAUGUUCCAGACAUCGAGAUAAAUUUGAUAAAUUAAAUCAGACACCUGCAGACUAUUGGAACCCUAUAUUCCCUGAUACUGAAGAAUGUAGACAGAAGAAACUUUACGUCUCCAUACGUUGCCCUAGAGACAAUGACAAAGAUCACUUGUAAUGUGCUGUAAAUAACAUUUUAUGUUGUAAUUUUAUUGUAUAUUAAAAUAUAAAUAGUUAAUGAAUAUACUGAUAUUAA